AUGUUAUAACAUCUGAGUUUACAAUAAUUGGAGCUUCUAUAUACAAAAAGAAAAAGGUAGCAAAAAUAUUAGUCUGCAGAAUUAUAAUUAACAGCAAAAGAGCUUUAAGAUUUCAAUGGUAAAAGACCUGAAGACACAAGAUUACAAUUUGAGAAUGAAGAUGAAGACUAAUUAAAUACUCAUUAAGAUUCAAUUAAUCUUUUAAAUGAAGAGAUAGUUGAUCAUAUCUAUUAAAAUCCAUCAAAAAAAAGAUUAAUGAUAAUUGGAAUGGGUUUAAUGUAAUGUGUGUUAAUUCUUAUUACUCAUUUUAUGGGAGUAUUUCUUUUUGAUUCUGAAAUAUUUUCUUUUAUUUUUUGCACUACUUUAGUUAUUUAUUUCAUUAAAAUAGCAGUAAGUUGGAUUUAAAGUCCAGAUAGAGGAAAACUAAUAACAAAAUAAUAAGUAUGUGCAUUUGUAUUAGGAAUGUAAUUGGGAAUGAUUACUGCCAUUAUCUUAAAUUUUAAUCAAGAAAAUAAAUUAUUUAAUAUCCUGAUUGCUUUUAUUCCAUGCACAAUAAUGAAUAUCAUGUUUAUAUAUUUUUCAUACAAAUAUUAAACAAUAUUAUGA